AUGUCUGAAGCUGAGGUUUCCAAGACCCUGCGAAUAGCAACACUUGCAUUCAAAGUGCUCGCAUUGAUUUUGUUCUUGGGAUCGGUUAUUGUUCUUGUAACCGAUAAUUUCACAUAUAAGAAUUUAAUAUAUCGCUACAGGCUUAUUUACUCGUACAGGUAUAUGCUAUAUGCAUCAGCGAUUGGAAUAGCAUAUGUUUUUUGUCAAUUACCUAUUGCAAUCUUCCAUUUAAUCACAGGGAAGCACCUGAUAAAUUAUGGCCCUAUGCUUUAUUUCGAACUUUUCGGUGAUAAAGUGAUAUUAUCUCUGCUGGGUACUGCGAUUGGAGCGGGAUUUGGAGCAACCUAUGAUCUUAAAAGAAGUCUUGACGGUGUUGAUCAGUCUGAUUAUAAAUCCAAACUAGAAGAGUUCUUCAAUUUGGGUUUUGUCUCUGCCUCUCUUCUCCUCUUGGGCUUUCUUGGCUUUGGAGCAUCCUCAUUUAUAUCAUCUCUGGCCCUAUCCAAAAAAGCCCAAAAAUGA